AUGCCGACUGGCACUGCCGGCUCGCAAUCGCAGCCAGCGUGCCAAACCGGCCAGGCGACUUGGAACCCAGAGCCCAUCGGCACAUUCGACGGCCACGAAGCAUCCCGAGGCCCUCCUCUAGGCGGCAACGAAGCGACGAGCGACGCCGAUGCCGAGCACGAGGUCGUCGACGAUGACGAUGCUAUCCACCUCGUGCCGUACCCUGGGCAGGCGGGCCACGACACGUCGGUCGACCAGCCAUCGGAAGCGCUACAGGCCGUGCAGCAGCAGACGCUCGUACUCUCUCAGCAGCCUUCCACGCCCCAGCGGCAGCCGCUGGUGCCUCUCGCCAACCUGGUCGGCACUCCAGAUCAGCCGCGCGGCUUGACUCGCUCGAGAUGGGAGGUCGCUCUCGCCGCAGGCCUACCUAGAAGCCGCGCAGCGCACAGGCUCGUUGGCACCGUCGUCAAACGGCCAGCGCACGGCUUCCAUCAGGAGCGAGGCACUGCGGUGGCGAGCUUCGGAUGA